AUGCCAAAUGAAUUAUUGGUAAAAAUUUUUCAAUACUGUGAUGAUAAUGACUUUGGUAAUUUACGUUUACAGUGCUCUCGAUUCGAUCAGUUAAUAACAACAUGUGGUGUUUUACUGGCCAAACGAUAUCGUCAACGAUUGGUAACAUGUUUAACAAUCACAUAUAAUGCAAGCAACGAUACUUUUGUAUUAGCCACGUUGAAAAAAAGUCAAUCAAAUAAAAAAAAUACGAUGGAAAUUUCACGUGCUGACGUAUUACGUGGUUGUUAUCAUAACUUUAGGUACUGUUUCCGUCGAUUUCGCGUGUUAGGCUUGCAGUUUCACAACCUUCCGCUUUGUUCACGUACGCUUCGUUACUUUUGUGAUUUGCUUUCGUGUUGCUCAACUCUAGAGCCUAAAACACUUCGAUUAUGUGAUUGCUAUGUAGCUAAUUUACAACAUGACGCUUUAAUGCGAUUAAUGAAUUUAUGCGCGAAAUCCCUGAUCGUCUUGUCAUUUAUUAACUUAGCUGGUGUGAAACCAUCGCUAUUUCACGAUGAUCUCUUCCAAAUGAUCAAUCGUAAAACGAUAUAUGUGUUAAUGAUUCAGUCGAUUGAAUUUCAUUUUUCCGUACCACUUGGUGAUCAGCAUUUACGUUUGGGAGAUUCCAUUUUACUCACUUUGCCAAGUACAAUGCGUAAAAUUAAACUUGAAAAAUGUCAAAAUAUUACUGCUGAUGGAAUUUGUAACUAUAUUGAGCGAUACUUUCGGAGGGAGGAAAAAGGAACAACAAGAAAUUACCGCUGCACAGAAAUAGCUUUUCGCCAAUGCAAACGACUUUCAACAGCUCAAUUUGAACGAGCUGCCCAACUGCGCCAUAUUUGCAUUGAUGGCGGUGAGCAACCUGAUGGAGAAUAUAUUAUGAGUUGGGUGAAGCGCAGGCAGUAUCAUCUCAAACAUGCACAUCAUAAAAGAUUGUUAGUGAUUGAAAUUGAUAGCCAUUAUCUGACCACCCAAAGCGGGCUUUCUUCGCCAGCAGCUAUUGAAGAAAUAACUCAAAAUCCAUCUCAUCUGAUGCCGUUCUUAGGCUUAUGUCCCGUACAUCAUCAUCCUGUACUUAUUGAACGAAUUCUCAUGCCGGCAGUAAACUCUGCUCGAAUGAGCCAAAAAUUGAAUCAAGAAUGGCAGAAUUCUGUCUUGUCGAGAAUAAAUCGAAGAUAUUCAAAAAUAGCUCAACAUUCACCUGGAUUCCUUCAACCAGUGAUUAAAACAGCCAACAUUAUUCGAAGAAUAAAUUAUUCAAAUCAACCAUCGCAUCGGUUAUCGUUUCCUCAGUGA